AUGGAAAGAGUGCUCAAACGUGUUGGCCUCUCCAAAAGAACACAAUCAGAUGUCGAGGCUCACAUGACCAAUCUCGAUGAAAAUGUUAAAGUAAGAAGACGGCGACGCAGCAAAUCAAGACGGCGCCCGAGUCAGGAAAACAAAAAAACGCGCGGGUUAUUUAAUAUUGAUUGGGAUUCUGUAAAAGAUUGCAAAUCCUGCAAAUCUCGAGCCAUCACUAGGAGGUUCUGCAGCAAAAGAGCCGACAACGAAUUGUACAGGUCCAACAGUUUCAAGUUUGAGAGAUUCAUUAGAGGCAACGAGGAAUUAUCGACUCUUGGCAAAAAGAUUUCCGUCUGCGACGACUAUAGUUUACCUGUUGACCAUUUAGCGAAGCGGAGACCAAAUAGUAUAGCCGUACCAAAUCCGAACUGCAACAAUUUUUCGGAAUGGAACCUAUCCAGCCCCAAUGACGACAAGGUAGGCGAAAGUUUUCCCAGCCCCUCCAACGUCGAAGUUCUAGACACGUAUUCAACCCCAAGGGACUCGAGGCAGCACCUAAGCCAAGACGAGAACGAACCAAAAUGCUUCACUAGUCCAGAUAGGGAAUAUUCCCAACCCUACACUACAGAAGAAUCCUCAGGCCCUACCUCCGACGAAGAGUUCGGCUCUACUGGCAACGGCAAUGCCAACAUCCUUGAUCUAAACUCUCCCGACAGCAUAAACGAAGGUCUUCUACCUUCAACACUGAACGUCCUCUCUCCAAACAAAACCGACGUGGGCACUAAGCGACAUCCCUCUCCUUAUUACUAUGGUGACCUAUUCAAAUAUAAAACGGAAAAUUCCCCUCCUAAGACGGCUGUAAAGAACAAAAGGAAUCAAAGUUUAAAACAGGAGCGGGAACGACCAGAAUCGAAAUAUCAAAAUACCAAUAGACGCUCCAGGACCAAUAGGAGAUUCCGAAAAAGUUCCAGCCUAGACAACCCAAAUGACCAGAGGGAGAAGACUAUUAGGAACAGGCCGCAGAUAAAGUACAAGAAAAGUUCCAGUGUAGAAACACAGAGCACUGAUUCGAGAGACGCCCCAAAUGGCACUCAAAUGCCGCCAAAUCCAGUAACCGUUGCAGCCUAUGAUGAAUAUGGACUAGACGAUAUGACACGCCAACGUCAUGUAUAUGAGACUGCCUUCGACUGCCGCAUCAGCAAGUCGGACGACGACUUAGACCAGAUCGACAAAGUAUCGAACCAUCCUGUACUCGUCCAAAUUAACAACGCCUGGGAGACUAAGCCUGGGUCUGAACCCUCCAUAGACAGUAGCACGCUCAAUAGACGUAAUAGAGCCAGAGAAAAUUGCCAGAAACCGAGCCAGGAGGACAAUAAUACGGUUCUCGCGUUGUCGCAGGAUAUACAGAACAUGCACUUGACUGCCACUGAAGAAAACAACUCAGCUUCCUCGGGCGGCCUACCGCUUCGCGGGUACACACCCUCGCCACCGUCCACGGCUCCCUUGCCCACGAAGUUCCACGGGAAGGAACACAUGAUGAACAGCAUUCGUAGCGCGCCCAACCUGCCCUCCCACCCAAAGUCCAGACUGAAGGACCUCCACCUUCCCGUGAAAUCGAUGAGGGGUCGAUCGCCCACCACCAGCAGCGACAGCCUGCACAUCCAAAUCCACCAGAGGAGCGACCACGUCGUUCCCGAGAAAGACAGGAUUUUCGAGAUUAAGAGCAGGCCGAGGAAGGACAUACUGUUAAAUAAAAGGUCCAAAGAUAGCCUUUUGGAGUUUAAAGGUAGAAGGGUCAGGCAUAAGUAUUCCAGUACGGAAAGCAUGACAACUAGUAGUAGUGGGGGGAGCAUGGAGAGCAUCAAGAGUAGUACCAGCGAGGGAAACAGAAGCACUUCGAGUUCCGAAAGUAGGCAUUCACCGUCGCUAAGCUCGCAUAGUUCGGAUUCUGGAGGUAAUCCAAACAAUUACCCCGUCCCUCAAACCUCUGCUGGUUUUUUAGCACAACACGCUAACAAGCUCCAUAUACUGAGCCCGAUAUCCGACAAAUCCUCUCAGGAACCGAUAUCCGAAACGUCGGACAACAACAGAAACAACAAUUCGCAAAAAUGUUCACCUGAAGAAGUAGUCGCCACCCCCGAAACCAUCAAGACCAAACGUCGCCUCCCCCAGAAUAAAAAUUUACUGAAUUUGGGGUUCCACACGGCCAACCCUGAGAUUCAAGGUUCCGACAGCGGCAUUUCGAUCCAAAGUAGAGAAGGCAUCAAGUCUAGGUUCGGUUUCACAAAUGCGGAACUCUCUGCUCCCCCUAGCCAACAAGAUUUUUCCGAUUUACCCUUCGAUAUGCCCAAGUUGAGACGUAGAAGGAUGCUACCUGAAGUCGCCUGUACUUCAGGUAGCGCCACUUCAGUGGACCUGAGGGAUCUCCCAUUCGAUAUGCCUAAGUUGAGAAGGAGAAUGAGACUACAGCCAUCUAACUUGGAGGCCAGUGCUUCCCAGGCGUCAUCCAGUCAAAGCGUUCUGGAGACCGACAGACAGGCAAUGUGCAGACCAAAAUUAACCCUGAACCUGGGAGAAAUAAGCAUGAGACAACAGCAUCCGACUUUGGGAUUAUCGCUAACGCUAGGCUUAAAUCUAAACCCAACAAUCGGCGAAAUUACUGGUAGUACCGAAACAAUAGAUGUAAACUUGCCAUUGGAAAAACAAGGGUGGUUCCACGGAUCAAUUAGUAGAAUGGAAGCAGAAAACGUCUUGAGGGUGUUAAGGGAGGGCAGUUUUUUAGUAAGGAACAGCGAAUCUAUUAAACACGAUUAUUCCCUUUCCUUAAAGAGCGCAAGGGGUUUCAUGCAUAUGCGGAUACAAAAAAAUUCAGGGGAUGGUUGCUUUAUCCUGGGCCAAUUCAGCAAACCUUUCAAUUCGAUACCGGAGAUGAUAAAACAUUUCUCCAUCAACCGUCUGCCAAUCAGGGGGGCGGAACACAUGUGCUUACUGCAACCUGUUAUUGCACAACUUUUGUGA